AACAUGAACCCACGAAGUGAAUCAAAGGAUUCAAAGCAUUACAACAAAAAUGAAAACCAUACACCAGUCUCUACAAGACUACAACCUGAAGUGCAACAAAUGAGCAUCUAAAAUGCAGCCACCUGUGCGCGUUGCAUGCCAUUAAGACCCCAAAUUCUUUGACCAUCUCCUUCCUUCGGCCAGUUACAAUUUACCGCUCAAAAGCUGGCGAGACUCUGUAAGAAACAAGUUUUGGCAUUCAAAUUUGGAUACCCAUUCAAAUUCUCUGCUGCACCUGCAUCAAACUUUUUUGGCUCUGCUCAAUGCAGAAAGUAUUCCAAGAAUUAUGGGCUUCAGUGCCUUGUCGACCACCCGAAUCCGAAAAUCUCCGUCUUCUUCCAGAAAGGCUUCUCCGAGAUCACCGACGGAAUGACCGGAAGAGCAGUUCAUGCAAUAUGCGUAAAGGAGUCCCAUUUAGACAUUUUCCACCAUAAUACUCUGAUCAAAAUGUACUCGAAGUUUGGGAGAGUUGAGUGUGCCCGUCUCGUGUUCGACCAGAUGCUUGAGAGAAAUGAAGCGUCUUGGAAUAACAUUAUCUCUGGGUACGUUCUUACAGGCGGGUAUUGUGAUGCAGUAAGACUAUUCAUUGAGAUGUGGGGUGUAGGGGUUGAGGUAAAUGAAUAUACUUUUGCUAGUGUAUUGACUGCAUUGAGUAGGUCUGAGAGUAUGUGUCUUGAAGGAUAUCAAGUUCAUGGUGUACUCUUGAAGUGCGGUUUAUUGUAUAAUGUUUUUGUGGGAACUUCUGUGUUGCAUUUUUAUGGUGUCUAUGGUCCUACUUCUGAUGCUGCAAACGUUUUUGAGGAAAUGCCUAUGAAGAAUGUGGUGACUUGGACUUCUUUGAUGGUUGCAUGCUCUAAUAAUGGAAAUACGGAGGAAGUUAUAAGUUUAUAUAAGAGAAUGAAGAGUGAAGGGACCAGUUGUAAUCAGAACACCUAUACUGUAGUGAUUAGUUCGUGUAGUUAUCUUGAAGGUGAUUGUGUGGGUCAUCAAAUGCUAGGCCAUGUCGUAAAAUCAGGGUUUGAGGAUAAUGUUUCAGUGGCUAACGCUCUAAUUUCGAUGUUUGGUAAUUUUAACUUUGUAGAAGAGGCUUAUCGUGUUUUUGAAGGCAUGACUGAACAUGACACUAUAUCUUGGAAUUCAAUCAUAUCUGUUCUGGCACAUAAUCAACUCUGUGAGGAAGCAUUUAGAUGUUUCUUUUUUAUGCGUUGUCAACACGAUGAUAUAGAUUCAACUACACUUUCCUCCCUUUUGUCAGCCUGUGGUUCUGUAGAUAAUAUAAAUCAAGGUAGAACAAUGCAUGGUUUGGUGAUCAAACUGGGAUGGAAUUCAAAUAUAUGUAUUUGUAACACUCUUCUUUCAAUGUAUGCGGAUGCUUUACAAUGUUCAGAUGCUGAAAAAUUGUUCCACAACAUGCAAGAGAAGGAUUUAAUUUCUUGGAAUUCUAUGAUGGCUGGGUAUGUUUUGAUAGGUGACUUCUUCAAAGUCUUAAACUCUCUUACUGAAUUGCUUCGCAUGGGAAAGUCAGUAAGCUAUGUGACUUUUGCUAGUGCGCUGGCUGCAUGUUCUAAUGCUGAUUAUCUAACUGAAGGGAAGAUAUUGCAUGGACUUGUUAUGACAUCUGGGUUGCAAGACAAUUUGAUAGUUGGAAAUGCAUUAGUCACCAUGUAUGGGAAGCAUGUUAUGAUGGUGGAGGCUGAAAAAGUAUUCUUUAAGAUGCCAGUAAAAGAGUUGGUUACUUGGAAUGCAUUAAUUGGUGGCUAUGCUGCUGGUCAUCAAACCAACGAUGUGGUAAGAAUUUUUAAAUGGAUGAGAGAGUGCAGUGUGACCACAAACUACAUUACAAUAAUAAAUGCACUUGGCUCCUGCUCAUCUCCUGUUGAUCUCCUGAGUGCUGGAAUGCCGUUGCAUGGGCAUAUAGUUCUAACUGGUUUCGAGGAAGAUGAGUACGUGCGGAACUCACUCAUAACUAUGUAUGCCGAAUGUGGGGAUCUCAAGUCAAGCAACUUUAUCUUUACUCAGGUGGCUUACAAGUCUUUUGUGACUUGGAAUGUCAUGGUUUCUGCAAAUGCCCACCAUGGCCUCUGGGAAGAGGCUUUGAAGCUUCUUCUUGAUAUGCAGAGGGCUAACGUGGAGUUAGAUCAAUUUAGCCUUUCUUCUUCCCUUUCAGCUGCAGCAAACCUGGGGAGUCUGGAGGAAGGCCAACAACUUCAUUGCUUGGCUGCUAAACUUGGUUUUGACUCAUACCAUUACAUAAAAAAUGCUACGAUGGAUAUGUAUGGGAAGUGUGGUGAACUCAAAUAUGUGCUCGAAAUCCUCCCUAAACCAAAUACCCGAUCACGCUUGUCUUGGAACAUUUUGAUGUCUACAUUAGCCAGACAUGGACUUUUUCGUGAAGCCAGGGAAGCCUUCCAUGAAAUGCUCAAGCAUGGUGCAAAGCCUGAUCAUGUUACUUUUGUCUCUCUUCUGUCUGCAUGUAGUCAUGGGGGCUUAGUGGAUGAGGGUCUCAAGCAUUUUGCUUCAAUGACUACCGGUUUUGGGGUCCCAGUUGCUAUAGAGCACUGUGUGUGCAUGGUUGAUAUGCUCGGAAGAUCAGGAAGACUUGCUGAAGCAGAGGCGUUUAUCAAAGAAAUGCCGGUGCCUCCAAAUGACUUUGUUUGGCGGAGUUUGUUGGCAGCAUGUAGGAUGCAUGGGCAUGCCGACCUGGCAAAAAAAGCUACCGACUUUCUUCUGACAUCUAAUCCAAUGGAUGACUCUGCUCAUGUUCUGUAUUCCAAUGUCUGUGCGAAUUCUGGGAAAUGGCAGGAUGUCCAGCUCGUUAGAGCCAAUAUGGAAUUAAGCAGCAUCAAGAAGCAGCCGUCUUGCAGUUGGGUUAAAAUGAAAGACAAAAUUUACACUUUUGGUAUCAGAGGCGGAUCCUACUCAUUGUCUGAGCAGAUAUAUGACAAACUGGGGGAGUUGAGGAAAAAACUUCAAGAAGUUGGAUAUGUCCCUGAUACAAGUUUCGCUUUGCAUGACACGGAUGAGGAACAGAAGGAACACAAUCUCUGGUGCCAUAGCGAGAAACUUGCCCUUGCGUAUUCUUUGGUUACUACCCCAGAAGGUUCAAAGCUUCGGAUUUUCAAGAAUCUACGAGUUUGUGGUGAUUGUCAUUCCGUCUUUAAACUUGUAAGCAGCUUAGUCAGGAGAGAAAUCAUAUUGAAGGAUCCUUAUCGGUUUCAUCAUUUUAGUGGUGGCAAGUGUUCUUGUGGUGAUUAUUGGUAACCAUGUCUACGAUGUUAUGGUGAGUGGUGACUUGCCAAACUUAUCCAAGAAUCAACCAAAAGAUAUGAAUGAAAAACAUUCUAUAAGCACUGGAAGUUUCUUAUGUGGUGAUAUACAGGAAUGAGGCGUAUGCCUGAGGCAAAUGAAUCAUAUAUAUAGAGGUCCAUUUGAUCACCACAAGUUUGAUCCCAGUUUGAUCACCACACUCCAGCCGAAAUAUAGGUCAUUAGCGGAAAGUACGAAUCAGGAGAUGUCACCCAGAGUCAGUUACACCAUGGUGGAGAAGGGGUCUGGCUUCUAUUCUGCUCAAUCACGAGGGCUGUAAGCACAAGAAAAUGAAAAAUGUUUUCUGUUUUCUGAAUUUAUUUGUUUCCCUUCUAUCAGCUCACCGUCCAAGCCGUUUUCCUUGCGAACCUCGAUUAUCCAGAUAUUUUAGUUGGUGAUUUAUUAUCCAUGAACUGGUGUACAACAGCAGGAGCCACUCAUCGACUUCUUCCCCAUCCAUGAGCCUUUUAACAGACAUGUUUGCUCUCCCAAUCAGCUCUGCUCCAAUGGGGUUGUCCACCUUGACAGAGAAGACAAUGUUGGAAGCCAUAUGAGCACAGUAUAUGUGGAAAGACUCAUACCAUCUGGGAUUUUUGUGCUCAUUCAGAAGCCUGGUUCAACCAACCCUUGCCUGCCUGGUUCGACCAACCCUUGCCUUUUCCAGUCUUCCAGAUCAAUGGUUGCAUACAAUCUGGAAGCUGUCUUGUUAAGCCCACAACAUGUUCAAUGCCUUCCACCACCUGCACAGUAGAAAAUUAUUAAUAGGAAGCAUCAAUGGCCGUGGCGGUUUCUAAUAAAGUACUGCAUAAUAAAUAUCAACUUUACAUGUUAACAGUUAAGUGUGAAAAGCUAAUUCACCAAACACUUUUUUGCAAUCUCCAACUCAAGCCGCGAGUCAAACUAGCAGACUGAAAAUGUCUAAACCAAACAAAAUUGUGGAAACUCAAUAUAGUCCCAUGGGCCAUGGCAUUAUCCUUGGACUGUUGGUGGAUGACUUAAAUUGUGAGAUUUGCUAACUCCGUAGUUUUUUUUUCUUUUUCAAAAAAAAUCGGAGUAUUUUCGUAGUUUUCUCAUAUAUUGCGUAAAUUAUGUCUACUUUACUAUUGAUACUUUGCAUGGUACAACAAGCUAAGAAAUAAGACGGUCAUGAGUCAUGACAAUAUAUGCAAUAAGAAUUCAAUAAGAUGCCUUUAUAGUUUUAUCAUAUGCGG